UUUCUAUGGUCGGAGCCAUCGCACAUGCGCAAAUCACAAAGAUAGCGUGCUGACCGACAGGGUAUAUUCUGACACCCAUCUCUUUCUUCUCUCUUCAAUUGUGUUAAGUAAGAAUGAUUGGGUGCGAAGAGCGAGGACCGGGAGGUUGAAAAUAUAGAAAUUCAAAGGGUUUACCUAGAUUUUGAAAGCGGACAACAAACUUGAAUACGGAAACAGCCAUGGAUUCUGAAUCUCAACGUGUUUUGGGGAAAUUGAGAGAGGUUGAGAUAGCCGCCGAAGACGUCCUCACAACCAAACAACAGAAGAAGUUUUUUUGGACCACUCAGAGAGUCUCGAGUCUUCCUGUGAGCAAUUCAUCACUACACAUCGAGAUGGCAUGACGAAUCUCAUCAUUGACCUGGAUAUAAAAAGAAACAGGAACAGAGAAGCAUUGAAUGCCCUGAAGAUUGACGUGCAUUCAGAAAAGGUGAAGGUUUGCUUUGGACAUAUGUUCAUCAAAUUUCCCAAGUCCAAGACAAGAGAAAUGAUUCAGAAAGACCAGGAACAAUUGGAUGGCGAACUAAAUGACCUUCACAAAGGACUAAAAGGAAAAGUCAAUCGUUUAAAUGAACUGCAAGGAAAGCCUGAGCUUAGUGCCUACAACCUUUUACCACUGUCCACUGAUGAAAUUAAAGCUAUUAAGAGCACUUCAAAACAGUGAAACAAUCAUAAUCUGGUUUGACUGACUACCACUGAUUUCUUAAACAAGGCUUUUCACUAGAGAUGUAUAUACUGUAAAUUCCGGUUGAAGGAAUAUUAAUUUUCUAUUUUCAGUUUUGGUUCUAAAAAGGCCAAAAGAAAAUUUGAUGAUGUGAAGAAAAACCACAAACUCCAGACCAGUCACCUCACACCUUUAUUUUUGGAUGAGGGCAUGCGCUUCUGGGAGACUUUUUCCUGAUGACAGGUCAUUGGCGCCGCCUACUGGACACAGUGUUGGCUAAACCAGUUUUUUUUCAACCUGUGUGCCACUAGUGCCGUGAGAGCUCGUCAGGUGUGCCGCGAGAAAUUAUCUAAUGUCACAUUUAUAUAUAUAUUAUAUAUAUAUAGAAUGUCCGUAACUUUGUGCGGGCCCUUAAAGGGGCCAUCAGACUGGAGAGUGGUGACAUAGCGGGAAGCAAGCAAGGAGGGAGGGAGAACGGCGUGAGAGCGAAGUUCGCGGUCGCAUGUUGUGGAUGCCGCUGUUAUUUUGUUUAUUAUUUUCUAUUGUUGCCACAAUAAAUUGGGAAAGUCAUCACCGACUCCUCUCCUUUCUAUUUCACCAUUCGGGGCUAUUUCAAUAUUGUUUUUUACGUCGUCAGGCGGAGUUGCAGUAGGAAGGAAGGAAGGAGUAGGUAGAAAGUUCUCGGUCGUGUGCAGUUGAGCAAUUUAUUGCUCAUGUCGUGUUCAAAAACUGCUCGGAUUUCUAGCCAUCAACGACCUUGCUGUCCGCGACAACGUGGACCCCAGCACGUCUACUGCACAUCAUUUGGUUAGAAUCGUAAAGUGUCGAUAAGACUCGAAAGUGUCCUAUUAUAUCCAUAUGUGACGACCGUCAAUCCUCCCCCUGUGUUUUAUUCCAACACAUUGUUGAGAACAGCAAGGUGGCUAAUGGCUAAAAAUCCGAGCAGGUCUUGAAUGCGACACGAGCAGCAAUCCAACAACUGCCCCAUGGUGCCAAGCAAGUUUAAACGUCAUCUCCCAACGAAACACCCGUCGCUUCAAAACAAGUCGAUGGACUAUUUUGUUCGCCUUCGUGAACAACACAGAGAAACAGGCAACUUUAUUUGUUAAAAACUACGAAGCUAAAUGAGAAAGCCCUCAAAGCCAGUUACCUUGUUGCUAAAUCCAAAAAGUCCCACACCGUGACAGAGACAUUAAUACUACCUGCCUGCGAAGCCAUUGUCUGCGAGAUGCUCGGCCCUGAUGUGGUUAAAGACAUUGCUCAAGUCCCCCUUUCUGAUAAGUCUGAGCUUUUUCAAGCCUAACUGCUUAUACAUGAAAAAUAAAAACAGAGAAAGACUGAGAGCUGUUGAAGAAAAAGGAUAUCGACUUUGUGUUCAUCUAAACAGGCAGAAGUUUCACACUGAGUAAGUAUACAUACUGAGAAGUUAUGUUAUAAUUAAAUAUACUAUACAGAAAUUUUUUGGGGAACAUUUCUGGUUUGUGAUGUGCCGUGAGAUUUUUUCCAAUGUAAAAACGUGCUGUGAGUCAAAAAAGGUUGAAAAACACUGGGCUAAACCAAGCAGCGUCCCAAGCCAGGUGACGUCUGGUGCAUCUGUGUGACUAGGUGCCUGAGGCUAAAGUGAACCUAGGAGCCCCCCUCCCAAAAAAAUGACUAUAUAGUUUUUAAAUAUGGAUUACUUUGUUAAUAUUGUAUUUUCACAACUUAACAGGUGUACGUCCGUUACUGUUCAUGGUUGACCUGAAACAAGUGAUUCAAGAUUCCACCCCAUGCAUUAAAGUCCUGUUUAAAGUACACAGUGGUGUUUUUUUAAUAAUUGCUAGACCCUAUGUCCCAAAAGCCAGUUUCCACAACCGGGGAUCGGAGCGCCAAGGUCCCGGCAUUGGUUUACUACCCGGUCCACAUUGCACCGUAACCUGCGAUUUCAUUGUGCGGGUAUUGUGUCCACGGGAUGACCAGCCCAUGUAUCUGGUUCAGGCUAUGCCCGGCCGGUCCCAUGGGUGAAAAACUAUACUAUAUUUUCAUCGACAAAAUUUCUGGGCGCAGCCGUGUUGUGGCGGGUUGGGUUCAGUGGUGGGAGAAUCUCGUCUCUGCUUUUUGCAGAUUAUGUGGUCCUCUCGGCUCCAUCGCAUAGCAACUUCCAGCUCUCGCUGGGUUGGUUUGCAGCGAAGUGUGAAGCGGCUGGGCUGAGGAUCAGCACCUCCAAGUCUGAGGCCAUGGUUCUCAGCCGGAAACGGGUGUAUUGUUUGUAACAGGUUGGGGGUUAGUGCCUGAGCCAGGUGGAGGAGUUCAAGUUUCUCGGGAUCUUGUUCACGAGUGAGGGUAUGUCAGAGUGUGAGAUCGACUGGUGGAUUGGGGCAGCGUUCGCAGUUUUGCGGGCGCUUAACCGAUCCGUUGUGGUGAAGCGGGAGCUAAGCCGGAAGGCGAAGCGCUCGAUUUAACGGUCAGUCUAUGUUCCUACCCUCACCUAUGGCCAUGAACUUUGGGUAAUGACCAAAAGAAUAAGAUCGCGGAUACAAGCGGCUGAAAUGAGUUUCCUUCGCAGAGUCGCCGGGCUCAGCCUUAGAGAUAGGGUUAGAGCUCAUCUGUGAGUGACUCAGAUUUGAGCUGCUUCUCCUCCAUAUCGAGAGGAGCCAGUUAGAAUAUCUGGUUAGGAUGCCCCGGAGGUGUUUCAGGCAUGUU